GUAUUGACCAGGAAGCACCGAAGAAGGAUCGACUCAAAGUCGGAAGUAUCUGAUAAACAACCGUUGUAAGUAGCAGACAUUGCUGUGUUAACAUUAUCAGGUGACUGAAGUUUUUAAUCAGUGAGGUUCCCGUGUUAGAACAGCAUCAAAUGAAGGACACACUGGAGCUGGGGCACAGACUGAGCGCUCACCCGGACUCACGGUGCUGGUAUGUGGCGUGGAGCCCGACAGGCGCGCUGCUGGCUUCCUGUGGAGGAGACCGAGCUAUACGGAUAUGGGGCAGAGAAGGAGAUAGUUGGCAGUGUAAGUGUGUGCUGUCAGAUGGACACCAGCGAACUGUCAGGAAGAUCUCCUGGUCCCCCUGUGGGAAUUAUCUUGCAUCCGCCAGCUUUGAUGCCACCACGUGUAUCUGGAAAAAAAAGGAUGACGAUUUUCAGUGCCUUACAGUGCUGGAGGGACACGAAAAUGAGGUGAAGUGUGUUGCAUGGGCCCCAUCUGGUAACUUAUUAGCCACCUGCAGCAGAGACAAGAGUGUUUGGAUAUGGGAAGUGGAUGAAGAGGAUGAGUAUGAGUGUGUGAGCGUCGUAAAUUCUCACACGCAGGAUGUGAAACAUGUCGUUUGGCACCCCACACAAGAGCUUCUAGCUUCAGCCAGUUAUGACAACAAAGUAUGUAUUUAUAAAGAAGAGGAUGAUGACUGGGAAUGCCGGGCAACCUUAGAGGGACAUACAUCAACAGUGUGGAGUCUCUCCUUUGACCCUGAGGGCCAGCGACUGGCCUCUUGUGGUGAUGACCGCACUGUGAAAAUAUGGAAGGAGUGUUUAGCAGGUGAUGAAUCUGUCGAUGGUUCAUGGAAGUGUGUUUGCACCUUGUCUGGCUUUCACAGCCGCACAGUAUAUGAUGUUGCAUGGUGUCAUCUAACUGGUGCACUGGCUACUGCUUGUGGAGAUGAUGGAGUUCGUGUUUUUAAAGAGGAUGCAGCCUCUGAUCCUGAGCAACCUGUGUUUUGUUUAUCUGCUCAUGUGCCCAAAGCCCAUAGCCAAGAUGUUAACUGUGUGGCCUGGAAUCCCAAAGAAGCAGGUUUGCUGGCCACAUGCAGUGACAAUGGAGAAAUUGCUAUCUGGAACUACCAAUCAGAUGCUUAAUAUAGAGAGGGAAUGUUCUCUGUGAGCUCUGCACUGGCUUCACAAAGCAGUCAGACAAUUGUUCAUUGUCUCAUUGUUGUUUAUUUGCUGAAAUGUUAGAAUUUGUCUGUAUUAUCUUCUUUUUAGGCUUAUUUUACAGUGAUGCAGACGGCAACAGCACUGUGACAUUCUUCUCCUUAGCUCAUUUUAUGUGUAAUGUUUUUACAAAUAUGUACAGCAUACCUGCUGUGCUGGUCAGUUUGACCCCCUGAAAAUCCAGCUAUAUUUCCUUGCAUAUGAUCACUUGUGUAUCUAUAUGUAUUAAAGUAUACACAUAUUAAGUAAACAUAUUUGUAUAUUCUUAUACUGUAUAUUGUUACAAAAAGCUUCAGGCUUUUGUACAUGUCCAAGGAACAUGUGCAAACUUUUGACCAAUAAUGUAGAAGGUACAAACUUAUUUUAUUCAAGUUUCUGUUU